UAAAUUUAAAUAUGAAAAUUCUGAUUUUAGUGACUUUAGUCUCUUUUUGCAUGAUAGCUCAAGCUGAGCUUAUCAACCUUGAAGGAAUCCGAGAAACAUUUAUUUCUCGUACCAUGAAGGAGCAAGAAAUGAUUUCAGGGGGUGGUCCCAAGAGUUUAAAAAUUCCAAAAUUCGAAAUAGAUCUAGAAGAAGAUCCCUAUACCAGAUGGAGUGAACCCACUAUAUACUUCAAAGAACAAAUUAUUAAGCUACACGAGACUAUCAUAUCCUUUGUGCCUUGGAGUAUUAGGUCUAUAUUCUGGAUGGUCACAAAGUACAUGGAAGUCUUUUCUCCAAAAACGACAGGACUAGGUGAACUAAACCAUCAACUGUUUAGAGAAUUUGAAGGAGUAUCUGAUAUUACAGGAAUUCCACUUGCAGAUGUGCUUACGGCUAACUUUGUAUAUGAGUUGUUUGCUCAUUGAACCUCAAUCGUUGCUAUUGACAAGACUGAUAGCAUCGUGCAUGCGCGAAAUCUUGAUUACCCCAUUUAUGAGUCUAUGAGGAAUGAUACAUUUGACAUCGAUUUUGUUAAAAAUGGUGAGCUUGUGUUCAAAGGUGUUGGCACAGGAGGAUCUACCAACUCCUAUACCAUCAUGAAACCAGGAGCCUUUGCUGUGUCUAUUAAUGCUAGAUACCAUAACGAUCUGCCAGGUCUAGCCAACAGUCUUUCAAGGUGGUUUAUGGAGUCUUAUAACCCCGGUUCGUUGUUGAUUUAUGUUGGAGAGCAUGCAAAUACAUUUGAAGAAGCUAAAGAUAUGCUGAUGAACAUGCCGAUCACCUCUAUAUGCUAUUUCACUCUUUCUGGAGUCGAGAUUGAUGAAGGAGUCGUGAUCACAAGAGAUAGGACUGGUGCUAAGGAUCUUUGGCCUAUAAAUCCAGACUCACAAUCAGACUGGGCCAUUUAUCAAACGAACUAUGAUCACUGGGAAAAUGCCCCUGAAAGAGACAACAAGAGAGCCGCCACAGUGAAGGAAGGACUAGUCAAGAUUGGAAGAGACAAGAUGACAGUCAGCAAGAUUCUAAAGAGAAUCUUGCAGAAGCCUCCAGUGCUACAAUAUGACACUAUUUUCGCAGUUACCAUGAGUGCCAAGAAAAAUCUUUUUAAAAUACAUGCCUACAUCUAAUUAUAAGAAUUAAAAAAAUGUA